UUUGAAAAACCCAUUCGAAUCUGAGCUGACCUACUCUCACACUCUCUCUCUAGAAAUUUAUCCCCCAAAUCUCGACCACCACCGCCGCCGCCGCCGGAAGCAAUGGGGAAAGGCGGUGCGCUCUCCGACGGCGUGGUGAAGAAGAUCAUGCUCUCCUACAUGUAUGUGGCGAUCUGGAUCUUCCUCUCCUUUACCGUCAUCGUCUACAACAAGUACAUCCUGGAUCGGAAGUUGUACAAUUGGCCCUUCCCCAUCUCCCUCACCAUGAUCCACAUGGCCUUCUGCUCCUCCCUCGCCUUCGCCGCCGUCCGCGUCUUCCGCUUAGUCGAGCCCGCCGCCCUCUCCCGCCGCGUCUACCUCUCCUCCGUCGUCCCAAUCGGCGCCCUCUACUCCCUCUCCCUCUGGCUCUCCAAUUCCGCCUACAUCUACCUCUCCGUCUCCUUCAUCCAGAUGCUCAAAGCGCUAAUGCCCGUCGCCGUCUACUCCAUCGGAAUCCUCCUCAAAAAGGACGCCUACAAGUCCACCACCAUGUCCAACAUGCUCGCCAUCUCCGUCGGCGUCGCAAUCGCCGCCUACGGCGAGGCGAAGUACGAUUCCUGGGGAGUGUUCCUCCAAUUAGGCGCCGUUGUGUUCGAGGCGACGCGGCUGGUGAUGAUCCAAAUCCUCCUCACCUCCAAAGGAAUCAAUCUCAACCCAAUCACGUCUCUCUACUACGUCGCCCCCAGCUGCUUCCUCUUCCUCUCGAUCCCGUGGCUAAUCGUCGAAUUCCCCUUGCUGAGGCAGCAAACCGCCGCGUUCCACUUCGAUUUCCUCAUCUUCGGCACCAAUUGCCUCUGCGCCUUCGCGCUGAAUCUCGCCGUGUUCCUCCUCGUCGGGAAGACCUCCGCAUUGACCAUGAAUGUCGCCGGAGUCGUCAAGGAUUGGCUGCUGAUCGCAUUCUCGUGGUCGGUGAUUAAGGAUACCGUGACGCCGGUGAAUCUGAUCGGCUAUGGAUUGGCGUUUAUCGGCGUCGCCUACUACAAUCACUCGAAAUUGCAGGCGCUGAAGGCGAAGGAGGCGCAGAAGAAGCCGGCGGCGGCGGAUGAGGAAGCGGCGAAGCUGAUAACGGAGAGAGAAGGAGAUGGGAAUGGGAAGAAGGGAGAUUCGCAGGCUUGAAUUGGGGAUUUUAUGUAAAUUAGGUUUACUGAUUAGCAGAGGCUUUGUUGCAAUAAAUGUGAUGAGGAAGAAAUUUGGGGAUUCAAGGCAUGAUCCAAUCUGGUAAAUUUUGCUUGAAUUUCCCUUAUUUUUCUUUCUUUUCUACACCCACAUUUAUAUGUAACAUUUACUGGCACAAAAAUUUCCCCCCUGAUUUCAUGUAAUUUUCACCAUUUUGUUUCAUAUUCCCAAAUUUGUUCUAUUUCUA